AAGUGGGAGGAGAUUCAAAGGAAGAGCCAGCCAGGACAUGCUGGAGGGACUCUGGCAUGUGAAUGCCUUAUGAUUCCCCCGAAGCAGCUGGCUCAAGCUGGACCUUUCUGCUUCGGCUGCUGAUGCCAGAUAUGCGGAGGAAAAUGAAAGGGUGGAUGUAGUAUUCUUCUCAUCCAAGGAGUUUAUUAUCCUAAAGAUUUCAUUUGGGUCUUUGACGUUCUGAUUGUUGAAAACAAAGACUUUUUUCCUGGUUAACAUUAGUUAGGUGAAGAAUGAAGAAGGUUGGUGGUCUUAAUUCUCUACUAUUUGCAUUGAACCUUUACAGGACAAGCUGGGUCAAAGCAUCUUCAGCAGUAAAGCACGGAAGUGGAAGUGUGGUGACAAGAAUCACCACACUGACUUUUAUGAUUUCUAUGGAAAAAGUGAAGCUAGAAUGUUUGAUCACCUGUUGGUGAGGCUUUGGGCUGCAUCACUUUGAUGCGAAUGUCUGUGUUUAGACCUUUUCACUGGUUGCAGAGGCUUUUGGUUACAGAGCACAAACACAGCGUUGAUUGCACAAGAUUAAGCCACGUGUUUGCUGGCAUCUUCUCCAGCUCACUGAAGAGAUCCAGAUGUGAAGUCACCCCUCUGCCUUCAGGACAAUCACAGCAGGCACACCAUUUUAUCUGGAGCUCCACAAGAAACAGGGAAAACAUAUUCCAAUAAUUUCUCUCAUUCGUGAUUAUCUGACGUUUUUGUUGUAAGAUGACAAAACGAGGCAGCAAAUGUUGAGGUUAACACGUCAGUUCAGACCUUUCUGUGAUUGAUCUGUUACCCACACUUGGGGAAUUUAAAUCCUACUGGUCUGAACUCUGCCACCUGCUGUUCACCCGUCUCCCAAACGGCUGCAGAACAUCUGUAAAACAUUUGUUCUCUCUGAGAUAAGACUUCCUCGGUGCUUGAAACAAAACCGAGUCUUUCUGCUGCCCAGAGAAGAGUGGAGCUUGUUUCUGGGGCAGGAGCAAAACCUUGUUUACUCUGAUGAAUGAUGGCUGCUGGAGGGCUUUGGAAGACCUUUUACCUUCUCCUGCUGGUGCACUGCUCACUCCUACAGAGCUCCACUAAGAAAAAGAAUGAAAAGAAAGACUCUGUAACCGCGGCUGCUGUGGAAAAACUGCAGAAGCAGAUUGAUGACAUCGUUCAGGAGCUGAACCUGCUGAAGGAGCAGCAGGCCUUGCAGACAAUUUGUCUGAAAGGCACGAAGAUCCUAGGAAAGUGUCUCCUGGCUGAUCCAAAGAAGACGACCUUCCAUGCAGCCAGCGACGACUGCUUCUCCAAAGGAGGCAGCCUGAGCACUCCUCUGACGUGGGACGAAAACAACCAGCUCUACAGCUACGUGCGCCAGAGUCUCAGCCCAGAGGAGCACAUCUGGCUGGGCAUCAAUGACAUGGUGACAGAGGGCCAGUGGGUGGACCAUUCGGGCUCCAGCGUGCGCUUCAAGAACUGGGAGACGGAGAUCACCCAGCAGCCUGACGGGGGCCACAGCCAGAAUUGUGCAGUCCUGUCCACCACGGCCAAUGGGAAGUGGUUUGAUGAGAGCUGCAGGGUUGAGAGGGCCUCUGUGUGCGAGUUCAACAUUGUCUGAUGGCUUCAGGUCAACCUUUGACCCCCCACCAGAAUGAACAUUAACAUGAUGCAUACUUCUUCUAUGGAUUUUUGAAACUGAGUGCUGGGAAUGGGCUUCCAUCCUUCUUCUGCUUUUCUUUUUUCACCAUCUGCUGCCAAAGUGAAACUAACCCACCUUUUUUUUAUAAAUCAUAAAAAAAAUCUGCAUUUAAAAUAUUCCAAAUCAUGAUCACAGGUGACAGGACGUCUGUGUUCAAUGUCUACGAUUAAUGAGUUCAUCAAGCUGUGCUUUUGUGUUUUUUAUAGUAAGAUGUUAAUAAACAUUCUUACGUAACGG